ACGAACACCACUAGCACAAGAGGGCUAUACAGCACGAGGACGGUACGUCAUGGUGCUGCCCUAGAGUGACCCGGGACAUGAAUUCAGACGAUGAUACCUAAGUGAUAUUGGAGUAAUUUAUAUUGUUCGGAGUAUUGAGUGUUAUGGCUAUCGAAGGAGGUACAUUCCGGACCGCGAGACGGUUACGAUCCGGAUUUUACUGUGAACUAAUAGUCGUAGUAGUGGUUUCAUUUCAGUUGACGUCACAAGUUGGUGGGACGUCGUGUCCGCAGUAUGUAAAGACCGCUGCGUCUAAUUGCUUUAGUGACUAUCGAACUCAGCUCCACAGUCUCCAGGAGAGUGACCACGCCCUCUUCUCUGGCGUCAACGUCGAGUUACUUCGCUCAUUCUGCACAACAUACAACGAAGCUCUCAGGUGUGUACAACAGUUGUUUGACGGCUGCCCACCGGAAGCGGAUGCACAAAUCACCGAUUCGCUUAAAAAUCAGGAUGCUUACGGUGCUCACGAAGAACUUACGCAGCUCUGUCGCAACGAUAUGAUAUACGAAGUUUAUGCAAGAAACCAGAAUUGUCUACAAGCCGUAGGCAGUAAUUCUGAGCAAUGUUUUGAGAAUAUUAUGCAUACAACAGUUCGAUUGAUGCAGCGAAUAGACUCGCUCCCUCUUCAGGAGUUAUGUGGGGACAUCAAACAGCUGAUCAAGUGUAUAAAGACAGGCGUCCUCAUGAAGUGUUCGUCGGAAGCUGCCAAAAUUGUGGAGAUCCUGGUUAAACCCAUGGUGCGUCGGUCAACGCAGUGCGACUACAGCAUACCAUCUACCACGAAAAAAUCUAUCGAGGCUCAGGUGACAAGAGCGCCACACCGUGAUAAAACAGAGCAAUAUGUGUCGGGAGACAACGGAGCGACGACUAUCCUUCAAUCCUAUUGGUCAUUAUCAUUAACAUUGGUGCUUCUUGUUCUAUGACAGGAAGAUGGACAUUGAUAGGAACUUUAGAUAUAUUGGAAAGUCAUCAGAUAGGGAGCAUGGAUUUGUGUAUCAUGAACAGAGAUCACGUGACCGGCCUUCGUGAUGAUGCAAUGUAAAAUGGUGUCACUGAAAGACAAUCAAGGUGUUAAGUUACACACACAGGUCAUGCGCACUUCGUUCUAUUUCCUCCGAAUCAUCAAAUAGGUACAAAACACAUCCCCAAACCAGCAAGAGUAACAUUUGAUCACGCUCAUAGGCCGAAGUCAUUUUCCCAGUUCCGGUUUGGCGCGUUAUCUAUUUCCGUUUACAAACACGUGCAUAGCUAUGAAUCUUAUCGAUGGCGGUAGUAGUUAUAGUGAGUAAAGCAAUGUAGAGUCACCCUUAAUUUAGUAAUUUAAUGAGAAGAAAUCAAAGUUCACAGAUUGCUAAAUGUGAUCGCUUGUGCUGGAUAUUUGUUUAAGUCUUGUGAUAACUAGUGCUAGGAAAUGAUAUGGUGGACAUUCGUCCUAUCCGGACACUUACUAACAUUUUUGACGUCUUCAGGAAAUUUCAAUCUGUCAAAUGAAUAAGUAUACGUCUUCACAAUAAGUAAAAGGGCAUUGUAUCCUAUCGAAGGAGUUGAACUUGUGAUCGAACACGUUGUGUAUUGCCCCUCAUGCAUUCGUUCGUUAUAAACACCGUGUAGGACGAAUUGGAUCACGUCAAAUGCCCGUGUAUGUCCUAUGUGAACUGUGUCUCCCGUUUUGGUCUGAUCGACAUUGUUUCGUGUUCUGACGAACUGAAUCUUGUUCCAUUUCCUUAACGCGGUGUUAUAACGAACUGGACGCUGUCAGAAGUCUGCACGAGGCGGAUGUAGUCCCAUUUGGACAUCUCCUGUAAAGGCCAAGUAUACUUUUCACAAUAUUUUGAAUAUGGCGGAUACUUUUUCAUUUGGACAUCUUUUCCUGUUAAUGAUUGGUAGACUUUGUUAGACAUUGUCUCCUCUUCCGGCCUGGUAGACUUUGUUAGACAUUGUCUCCCCUUCAGGCCUGGUAGACUUUGUUGGACAUUGUCUCCUCUUCAGGCCUUGUAGACUUUGUUAGACAUUGUCUCCUCUUCCGGCCUGGUAGACUUUGUUAGACAUUGUCUCCUCUUCCGGCCUGGUAGACUUUGUUAGACAUUGUCUCCUCUUCCGGCCUUGUAGACUUUGUUAGACAUUGUCUCCUCUUCCGGCCUGGUAGACUUUGUUAGACAUUGUCUCCUCUUCCGGCCUGGUAGACUGUGUUAGACAUUGUCUCCUCUUCAGGCCUUGUAGACUUUGUUAGAUAUUGUCUCCUCUUCCGGCCUGGUAGACUUUGUUAGACAUUGUCUCCUCUUCAGGCCUUGUAGACUUUGUUAGACAUUGUCUCCUCUUCCGGCCUGGUAGACUUUGUUAGACAUUGUCUCCUCUUCAGGCCUUGUAGACUUUGUUAGACAUUGUCUCCUCUUCCGGCCUGGUAGACUUUGUUAGACAUUGUCUCCUCUUCAGGCCUUGUGGACUUUGUUGGACACUGUCUCCCCUUCAGGCCUGGUAGACUUUGUUGGACAUUGUCUCCUCUUCAGGCCUGGUAGACUUUGUUGGACAUUGUCUCCUCUUCAGGCCUGGUAGACUUUGUUAGACAUUGUCUCCUCUUAAGGCCUGGUAGACUUUGUUAGACAUUGUCUCCUCUUAAGGCCUGGUAGACUUUGUUAGACAUUGUCUCCUCUUAAGGCCUGGUAGACUUUGUUAGACAUUGUCUCCUCUUCCGGCCUGGUAGACUUUGUUGGACAUUGUCUCCUCUUCAGGCCUGGUAGACUUUGUUAGACAUUGUCUCCUCUUCCGGCCUGGUAGACUUUGUUGGACAUUGUCUCCUCUUCAGGCCUGGUAGACUUUGUUAGACAUUGUCUCCUCUUCCGGCCUGGUAGACGUUGUUGGACAUUGUCUACUCUUCCGGCCUGGUAGACUUUGUUAGACACUGUCUCCUCUUCCGGCCUGGUAGACUUUGUUAGACAUUGUCUCCUCUUCAGGCCUGGUAGACUUUGCCCAAUGUGUUGGACGUGGUACAUACACUGUAUUCGGUUAGUUAGAUAUUUUCCCUUAUUUUUGUCGACAUUGUGAUAACACUACACACUGUCAUUAGAUGUUAAUGACUACUGCCUUUGUUGAUUAUGGUCCAUGCGGCAUCUGUGGGCGAGGCCACUACACAUGGGCGUUGUCAAAACAGAUGGGCGUGGUCACAACAUAUGAUGGUAUGGCAGAAUGUGUAGUGAGUGCGGGCGAGUGGCCAGGGCAGAUAGAAUAUUAUAGUCUGUACUGGGCUUAUGUGGAUAGUGAAAAGAGUAUGGAUGUAGUAAAAUGUGUGUAUGUGCUGGGAGAAUGGUACAUUGUACGUGUGGUUGUUAAGGGGUGUGUGGUUGUUAAGGGGUGUGUGUGAUUGACUGUUGUAUGGACAAGACGAGCAUGAUAAUGCUGUUAUUGGUAAUAUAUAUUUGUUAUCCGAGAAUUUGUUAUGUACAUAUUUUUGUAAAUAUAAUUUAUGUACAAUAAAUCUAUGUGUCCAAUCGUA